AUGGAAAAGUAUCAGAAAAUUGAGAAACUGGGCGAAGGAACAUAUGGAAUUGUAUAUAAAGCACAGAACAAGGAUCUGGGAGAGAUUGUCGCUCUGAAAAGGAUACGGUUGGAUAACGAAGAAGAAGGAGUCCCUUGUACUGCUAUCCGUGAAAUAUCUCUUUUAAAGGAAUUGAAACACCCAAACAUUGUCAGACUAUACGAUGUCAUCCAUACCGAAAAGAAGCUGACCCUGGUAUUCGAGUACUUGGAUUCAGAUCUGAAAAAGUUCUUGGAUACCUAUGCCGGCGAUAUCGAUGUACCCACAAUCAAACUCCUGAUGUACCAACUGCUCAAGGGAAUCGAAUACUGUCAUGCGAAUCGAGUACUGCAUCGAGAUCUUAAACCACAAAACCUGCUAAUCAACAAGAAACUGGAACUAAAAUUAGCAGAUUUCGGUCUUGCUAGAGCAUUCGGAAUCCCAGUUCGAAGCUACUCUCAUGAAGUCGUCACAUUAUGGUAUCGAGCUCCCGAUGUACUCAUGGGCUCGAGGCAGUACUCUACGUCCAUUGAUCUGUGGUCUGCUGGUUGUAUUUUUGCUGAAAUGGCUAUGGGACGAUCAUUAUUUCCGGGAAGCUCUGCUCGAGAUCAACUGCUUCGAAUUUUUAAGGUGCUCGGAACACCAGAUGAAAAGUCAUGGCCCAAAAUAGCAGAACUGCCAGAUUACAAGACAGACUUCCCAAUAUACGCCAAACAACCGCUGGAUGCUCUAGUCCCCAAACUAGAUCCAAGUGGUAUUGAUUUACUUUCCCGACUUAUUGAAUAUCAACCGGAAAAGAGAAUUAGUGCCGAGAAGGCACUUCAACAUCCGUUCUUUGAUGAUUUACAGUUGCAGAAUAGAUGA